AUGCCUCUCCGUGGACGAAGGAUGUUCUGGGGCUGUGCAGGGAUGCUCCUCUGCCUGGCCGGGUUGCUCCUGCCUCGGAGCGCCGCCUCGCCCUGCCUGGAGCAGUGCAGGUGCUACAUGAACACCUUGUUUUGCCAGGAGCCCAACACCAUCCAGAACUUGGCGCAGCUGCGGGGCUUGGAGAACUUCACAGAAAU